CAGAAAAGGCGGCACGUGUAUACAUACAACCAGUUAGCAGGAAGCAGUUGUUAUUCCACUAAAGUCUGAUCUGCACAACACGAAGCAGUGGUCGUUUAAUUAAAAUAUUGCUGAUCUGCCCCACUGCCACCAUGGCCCAAAAGCUGGUGAUAAUAGACACAGAUGCAGGUAUAGAUGACGCCCAGGCGAUAAUGAUGGCCCUGGCCGCUCCAAGCCUGCAGAUCCUGGGGAUAACUUGCUGCUUUGGGAAUACUGAUGUGGACAACGUCUGUCAGAAUGUGCUGCUGGUGCUGUCUGUCUGUGAACGCACACAGAUCCCAGUGUUCCAGGGUGCUGCUGGUCCCCUGGUGGGGGCCACCAAGGCUUUCAGCGACCACUUUGGGACAGACGGGCUGGGAGACGUGCUGGAGGAUAGAGACCCACAGUGGAAGGAGAAGCUCCAGACAGAACAUGCUGUUAAUGCCAUGAUCAGACUGGUGGCUGACAACCCUAAACAGGUACUGUAG